AUGUCUACCUUGAUGUUCUUCGUCUUUUACUUCUCAUGCUUCGCUCUUGUAUCCGCAUCCACUCUCUACGCCUCGCUGUUGAAUUCCUCCUAUGUCAAUCCGGUCUUCGAACAAUCGCGGUCGAACAUCGAAAGGGAUUCUGUAGCGAGCGUUCGACACCUUGUUGCUCAUGACGGCAUUGGAAAUGAUACCCAUUGGAAGGCUGACAAUGCUUGGACGACGGUCGCUCAGUGGGAUCUCCAGCAAAAGACACGGACGUUCUAUACCGACUCUAGCGAUGCCCUGGCCUACGACUCGAAGCACCAAUCUGGAUGCUUCGAUUUUUGGAAGGUGUCGCUCGUGGACUGCUUCAAUGACGAUGCUGCGUCGGCCGCGCUUGGGAGUCGGGAGGGAUAUGCCGCGGCUUGGUUCGACUGGUUCAUCGCCAACCACGGGUUCAUCAACGAAACAGUCAUCUCUGAAGGUUACUUGAAGGGCACGUACUACCUCAACAAUACAUUGAAGCCAACAUGCAACAGUCGCAACAUAUACGGUGGCAUACAUUGGCAGAAUGGCGUCCCUGGUGCGACAGACAAUAGCGCAGCCACAGACACCUCCAUCGACUCUGGCUCAACGAUCGACUACGCACUGCUUUCCAUCAAACUCUGCCGCACCACCGGCAACACCUCCUACUGUGAUCGCGCCUACGACGCCCUUCAGUUCUUCGAGAGAUUCUUCGUGGAUGCCGAAACAGGGUUCGUAAACAUUCAGUACUGGAGUCUUGUCAACCGUGACAGCAAUGACGCUACGAAGCCCUCGGUUUUUGGAGGCAAGUUGACGGAUCCGUACACUGCUCGUGGCAGCAAGGAGCAGGCGUCACAAUGGCAAUUGUGA